AUGCCAUCUAUAGAGGAUGCCAAACGUGCUGCAGCUCGCGAAGCUGUUGCAAACCACUACCCUCAAUCCCCCAAGUUUGUUGGCAUCGGAAGCGGGACGACCAUCGUGUAUGUGGUCGAAGCCAUCAAAGCGCUGGGAGUUGAUACUUCAUCCACCUCUUUUGUGCCUACCGGAUUCCAGUCGAAUCAACUCAUUGUGAAUGCGGGGUUGACGCCCGUCGCAUUCGACGCACUGCCAGAAGGCGCCAUUUUGGAUGUCGCGUUUGACGGCGCUGACGAGGUUGAUGAUGAUUUAAAUUGCAUCAAAGGCGGCGGCGCAUACUAUCGGAAACUUCAGUCCCGCCUUCUCACCGCCUGGCCUUCCGUACCCAUCGAGGUCGCCCCUCUCGCAUCACGCAGAGUCAUCACCGCCCUCAAAGCGCUCGGAAGCCCCGCGCCCCAGCUCCGGCAUUCGCUAGUGCAGCGAGAAGGCCCUAUCAAAACAGACCAAAGCUUCUUCAUCGUUGACGCUCCGUUCCCACAGCUCCUCACAGCGUCAGAUAUCGCAAGCGGGAAGGCUGAUGCCGCGACGGACGCUCAAUGGGAGGUAGAAGCGCUGGCAAGGGAGAUUAAACAAAUUCCCGGCGUACUAGAGGUUGGGCUAUUCUGCGGUCUUACCGGACCACAAGCCCAGGCUGCUGGCGGCGUUGGUGGCCAGAAACCGAUUGCAGCAUAUUUUGGAAUGGCCGAUGGGUCUGUUCAGUCGCGGAAGGCCAAAUCAAUGCCGGAAAUUGUUGCAGCGAAAUCAUGA